UUCCUAACUGCGGUCCACUUCCGGUUAACAGGUCUGCACUGAUAAAUAGUUGAUCUUCCAAAAAUAGAAAAGUGCAUUUGAUAUCAGGUGUAAGAUUGACUGUUUGACUGAUGACCUAACCUAUUUCUACAGGUGACUAUAUAUACAACAUGAGUGAUACAAGGAAAAAGAGAUACAGCACAGGCAUCCGAAUGCGAUCAGACAACGGCGAAAAUUACCACAGAAACUCGUCUGCUCAAAGUGUUGCAUACAACAAAACUGGUCGUAAUAAUAAUUCUCAAAACUCGACAUCAAAUUAUCAUAGAAUGAACAGUUAUGAUAGAGUUAGAAAAAUAGUACAAGAAGAAGGAAGAACGGCUAGAAAUCUUGUCAUCUACAAUGUACCCGUAGAGCAAAGAAGAUCAAGCUCAGGACAAAGAUACCAUGGUAGACAGAGAAAGCUUUCACAGAAAGAUAAUCAACAACAGAGACCCCAAGUUAAACACAGACCAUCUUCUUUAGAGGACCAAUCAUCAUAUAAGCAAGACCUAACUAGAUCUCCAAGAUCAGAUGGAGGGACCAGAAAGACCGAUCGUAGGGCCAGAUAUUGGAAAUUUCUCUUUGACAAUCUACAGAGAGCAGUUGAUGCUAUGUAUGAAACAUGUGAACAAGAUGAAAGUGUGGUAGAAUGCAAGGAAGUGAUUAUGAUGCUGGAACAAAGUACCAAUGAUUUUAAAUCUCUAAUAGACAGAAUGCAUCUAAUGAAAGCUUAUGAUGAUGCUACAAGAGAGGGUGACAGACCAGCUCCUAUAGCUUGGGAAGUAAGAAAGAUGUCACCUGGAAAAACUCCACAUUCUCAAGUGCCAUCUAGAAACUCACCAAGUCCAGCCCAAAGAGUUCUAGAGUUCAAUGAACCCAAUAAAAGAACUACAAAUCAGAGAUUUUUGAAAUUUGGAAACAGUUGGGCAGACAGAGUGAAAGGGAUAGUACCUCCAUCUCCCUUGUCACCUAAUGAAGAGACACCAAACUUUUCAGAAACUCAAGAGUCUCCUGUAUUAACUCUGCCAUCACCACCUGUACAUCAGAAUGGAUUGUCUGCUUCUGAGGCAGAUACUGAUGGCAGUAACACUUUUGAAGAUGAUGGUUGGGAAACAGUACAAAGGGGAGGUAAAUCUAGAUCUAGAAAUUCCUUAGAAAAUCUUUCAACUGUUGGAAGGCCAGCUAAAGCCAUAACAAGAACUCUGUCUGAUCCACAUGCUCCAUUGAUCAAGAAAAAUAGAGGACAUUUCAAUACUAUGAAAAAAUCUUUGUCAGAAGGUAAUCAGACUGCACCUAAUAAAAGUGCUAGGCAUGAUAGCGAGAAGGAAAAUGAACCAGUCAAAAGUAAAAACGAUGCAAGUACUAAGAACAACUCACCAGUGGUAAAUAAUACCAGCCGUUCUUAUAGUGGGACUGUUAAAGGGACCAACACUCAAAGCAAACAGGCUGUGAUAAGCAAUGCUAAAACUGUAAAGGACACAAAAACAAUUAAAGAGAGACCUCAAAGCCUGACAGAAUCUAAGGUUAUAGCAAAAACUACAAGAAACAUAAGUAGUCCAAGAGGUGAAAAUGUUAGGAAUCUGAGCAGUCCAAGAAGUGAUACUGCAAGGAAUGUUAGUAGUCCAAGAGGGGAAUUGAAAACAACACCAGCAAUUGCUGCCAAACCCCCUUCUGGCAGUAAAAUGGAGAAGUCUAGAGCAAGUCCACAGACCACUUUGAAAAAAAGUGAAAUUGAUCCUGUUAAAAUUGAAACAAAAGAACUUCGAACAAGAAAUAUUUCAGAGAGUAAAGAUGAUACUGAAGAAGACAUUAGUCAAAUUGAAGAUGCUUUAGCAUCAGUUAUUGAUGAGGAGAAUGACCUGACUGAUGAGUUGGUGAAGGCUCAGGAGCAAGCUCUGGAAAAUGUAAUACAGGAGGAAGAGUCCUGGCUUAAAGAACUGGCAAAGGAGGAGAAUACUGUCAUCGAUGUGGAAACUGAAACAGAAAGUGAAUUGGGGAACACAAUGAGUUCAUCCUUAGACAAUUCGCAACAGACUCUUGACUGGGAUUCAAUGGUAGCACUGUACGAAGAGGAGAAGGCCAGUGGAGUUCACAAAUCUUGGGGAGAUCUUGUAGAAGAUGAUGAGGAUGAAGUAAGAACACCAGGACAUGCUGUUCACAUGCAUGAAAAGCUAUCGUCACCUUCUCGUAAAAGAUCACCUACAGAAUCAAAGAAAAGACAUGAAGAAAAACAAGCCAAAGCCCAAGAACAAAGAGAAAAGUUAAUGCAAGAAAAAGCUGAAAGACUGAAAGAAUUGUCUAAGAAGGUUGAAGAAGUAAGAGCAUUAAAAGAUGAUUUAAUGAACCAGAAGAAAGAAACCAUCUUAAGGAAAAUGCAGAAAGCUGAAGAAAAAAGAGAAAUUCAACUAAAACUGAAAGCACAGAAAGCUCAUGAAGAGGAAGCCAAGGCAAAUGAAAUAGCUUUCAUAAAUACAUUAGAAGCCCAGAACAAAAGGCAUGAAAUAAUGUCUAAACACCAAGUCUCAGAAGCAAGGCUGCAAGAUAUUCAGGAAGAGCGUCAGAGGAAACAUGAAGAGAAACUAGCCAAAGAGGCUGCAGUAGAGGAGAGAAGGAAAGCUUUAGAGGCAGAAAAACAAGCAAGGCUAAAGGAGAUGGAGGCAAAGAGGAAGCAAAGAGAAAACAGAUUUACAGCUCAGCAGCUUGAGAAGGAAAAGGAGAGAUUUGAUGCACUGAGAGCAAAGGAAAAGGAAAGAGAUGAAAGAUUGGCAGUACUGAAUGCCCAGCAUGAAGCUCAUAUCCAAGAAUUACAAAAAAAGAUACAACAAAAGCAAGAUGAAUCAACCCAAAGACAUCAGGAAGCUUUGCAACAGAUCCGAGAGAAAGCAUUUGAGAUGAGUGUGCUGAGACAUUCCACAGAGGAUCAUAAUGAUGCUCCCACAAGUACACCAUAUGAGAAAAAGAAAUUGUGUACUAUUUGUAAUGCACUGAUCAUAUCAGAAGUCUACUUAUUGAGCCAUCUGAGAGGAAAGAAGCAUCAGCAAGCUCUAAAAGACAACAAUUCUGGUAGAUCUAUGUGUAAAGAAGAAAUUGAAAAGUUUAACUUGAAACAUAUAGUGGAUGCUCCCAGUAACAGCACACAUCCAAAGAUAGUAUCAGAGAAGGAAAGACUGAAAUCUAUGAAAAAGAGAUGCAAGAAACUCAGACAGAGGAUGACAACAAGGGGUUUAGAGUAUGAAAGCUCUUUGUCAGGAAAGCAGCAACCAGUUGAGUCAGAGCACAAAGCCAAGUUACACAAAGUGAUUAGAGAUAUAACUAAGUACCUGCAGAAUACAGAAAAGGGUCCCUGGUCGCAAAGCAGAGUUUCUGCCUUGGAUAGAGCACUUGGAGAAAUUUCAAGAAUUUUAGAUAAAAAGAUACCAGCAGACCAGACAUGUUUGAGAGUACUUAGUGGUUUAAAUACGUUAUCUAGGAUAUUACUGCUAGCUGAUGCAGCAAAUCCAGAGUUACCUCCCAUACUACCACAUAAGUCUAUUAUAUUAACCUGUACAGUGUUCAGACAAGCAUGUAAAGGUUGUUAUGACAACUGCCAUUACAUGAUGUUCAGUAAUAAAGUUGGAAACAUUUUAGAAUUACUGUCUCAAAGACUGUUGGUUAUGAUGCCAAAUGAUCAGAAUUUAUCAUCCAUGUCAUCAUCUAGUAGUCAGCCAGCAUCUCUCCCUUAUGAUUCAGUAGCAGUUAGUACGCUACAGCUUGUAUCUACCGUUCUUUCCUGUCUUGCUAAACAUAAUCCGUCCAUUAACAGUAGCGAGGCCUCUAUGGAGAGGAUGAGCGGCACUGGCGAUGCUUUCAUGAGUCGUGGAAAUGAUAUGAUCAGUUACAUGAUCAGUGUUGGAAUUGUGGAUAAGUUGACACAGUAUUUUAGAAGUGUCCAAGGACCUCUGCAUGAUGAUAAAGAUGCUGCAGAAUUCCUCCAACAUGGACUGGGGCUGUUAGUAGCUGUUACAAAGUUCAUGUCUAAAAGAAAUAAUGCAAUAUUUGAAAAGAAGAAACAAGAAGACCCCACAACGCUGAUAAAUACAUUUGAAGUAACAGAACUUGUAGGAAUUGUGUCUUUGUUGUAUGGUAUGCUGCUCCAUUCAGGGACCCCUAGUAGAAGUGACACACCCCCUCCAGAACUUCCUCCAGCUACAUUACAAAUCACUAUCACAGGACUUAAGAUGUUAAAUUAUAUGGCAGUCCUUAAUCUGGAUAUGUUACAGAAAACUUUGGGAGAAGAAGGAUCUUCCUUAGAGUUCAGACAUAUAGCAAGUUAUUCCAUGUGGUACUGUGUACACCAUCAGUGUGAAGAACUGUUACAUGAAGUCAUAGUAUGUGUGGGAUAUUUUACGGUUCUUAAUCCAGAUAAUCAGGUUGUGAUACAGUCGGGCCAGUCCCCAACGAUCUUACAACAAAUGUGUUCCCUCCCAUUCCAUUACUUCAGUGAUCCUCGGCUGACUACAAUCCUGUUUCCAACGUUGAUAGCAUGUUGCUAUAACAACCAAUCCAACAGAGAAAUCCUAGAACAAGAACUUAGUUGUGUGCUGUUAUCUAAUUUUAUAGAGGAGAAGCAGCUUGAAAAUCAACAGACUUCAUUAUUUACAAAGAAAGAAAAAGAAAAGGCAAAGGAAGGAGACCAAAGAAUGGUGCUAGGUAGCAGAUUCCCUAUGGAGCAAUGGACCACUGCCCAAGAAUAUUUCAAAAUCUCAUAAAAUUAUCUAUGUGCAUUGUGAAGCUUCAAGAUAUCUUUGGGAACUAUCAAAAAUCCAAGCUAUUGAAAGUUAUUCACAUUUGCUAAGACUUGUUAUUGCUUAUAUGGAUAUUUCUAUUAGAAAUAUAAAGGUGAUAAUUCUUAGCCCUUAAAACUGAGCACCAUCUAUUGACAUUACAUAGAUGGGACUGAUUGUGUUUAAAACCUAGACAAACAUCAACAUAUACAGUCUCAUUGAGGCCAGAGUAUACACAUUGUAAUCUUCAAAUUACUGAUCUAAUUCCUCCUUAGAUAGGAAGAGUUUGGUAUGUUUACGCUGAUCAAGAUACAGAGAAUCUGGUAUGUUUGUCAAGGCGUAGUGUAUCCACAAUAAAAGGAUUUUCAGCUCACAUCAUUGAGGGCAACAAGUCAUGAUCUGUCUCAAAUUUCUGGACGUUUAUCAGUUUAUGUUUUUGUGAUCUGCAUUGAAUUUGGCUUAUUUUGACCAUUAUAUAUGCAAACUAAAACUGUAUUUAGUUUUAAAAUUGAAAUCCAUUUUAUUUGCACUUUUUUUGUAUGUUUAUUUCUAGUGUUCUGUUAUUGAAUAUAAGUUGUCAUGUUUUUCAUCAUUUUCAAAACAUUCCAAUAUAGGAUUGUAAAUGAUCUGGUUUUUUUCCUGAAUCUCACUGAUUUUAAUCCACUCUUCUUUCUACCUCAACUAGCCAAAGGUUAGCCUGUGCCAUUACUUGGUCUCCGUAGAAAAUCUUCUUUCAAAACUGUGUUGUAUAACUGGCUGGUAACGUCGCUUAGUGUUAUGUUGAUGAAAUGUACCAACUUAUUUAAUAAACAAAAUAAUGAACUAACUGGACAGUCUUCACUAAAAUUGAAGGUUAAACUUUAUUCUGUGAUUAUAAGCCUUUUACUUAAUGUCUUUUUUCAAAAUUACAUAUGGUGACACAAACCCAAUUUAUGCUCAAUACUUCCACAAGAAAAGAUGGAAAAAUUGCUGAAAAACCCCCUCCUAAAUUAUUCAAAUCUAUCCUAUUUAACCAUGAUAAUGUGGUGUAUCUAUCACUUGUGUAAAUUGUAUGCUUUAAAGGUUGUGAUUUUUUUUUUCUCAAUGUGUUAGAAGUGCCAUAUAUAAAAAAAAAGAAAUGAGAGAUGAACUAAAUGUUGUGAAUCUAGAAUGAAAAUGUAAAGCUAGUAUGUCCAAUUUCUUCAAUUGUUUUUUUUUCCAACCAAAUCUAGCAGUAGGUUUGAUAGGAAGUUGAUAGAAUCUUCAAUUGUAUUGACGAUGAUUGUGAUGGAUGGUUACAGAAAAUCAUUGUGUUGAAUGUUUUAUAGUUUGACUAUAUACAUACCAGUUACUGUACAGAGAAACAAGAAUUAUAUGAGGAGGAAAACUAAACUGUGAUAUUUUAUACAUCAUUUUAUAUUUCAUCAACAACCCUUUAUGUACAGUGAUUGAAAUUAUCCUUUUUUUCUGUGAGAUAGUUUCAUUAUCAGUCUAAUGUGUUACUUGUAUAAUUUACUCACAUCAUGGGCAUUCGAACAUUUUAUAAGAUUUCCAUUUUGUUUUCAAUGACUUGGUUUGGACUUCCCUAAAUGAUCUGAGCUUUUUACAACAUCAUUUUAUGUACAGGUAAGUUGAAUAGUAAGAAUUUUGUAUGAACUUGUUUUCUGUGUUUUUCUUUAAAUCUUAGCUCAGUUAAUCUAUGUAUAAACAUAAUUUGAUGAUUUUAAUAUGUUUUUAGUUUAAAGCCUACCAAUAGAACUAGCACAGAUCAUUUUUUUAAUAGGAGGGGGGGAAAAGUGCUGUAAAAUUUUGAAACUAUGUAAUUCUUCAUUAUUUAAUUUCUAUCAAACAAUACAGGUACACUGUAUUAUUAUUGCUGUAUUUAUAUGGGUGUAGAUUGUAUUUGUUUUAACUGAUACAUUUCAGAUAGGAAACCAUACUCCAUGAUAUCUUAUGGCGUUGAAGCUUUUAAAAGUAACUUUGAAUAGCCGCACUGGAAAUUUAUGCAGUCAUAUUGCAUGUGGCAUCAGGGGCAAUCAAACUCAUCUGCUUGUAGAUAAUAUUUGUCAUUGUAAUUUAAACUAUUAUUGCAAAAUCCUUAGUGUCAUUUUCUGGGCAGAAAAGAAGGCUAGUGUUGGUUUUUGGAUUGUUGUCCAACACAUUUCUGAACAAAGACCCAAAAAGGACUCAAAAUUGCAGCAUUUACAGUCUCUUUUUGAUAAACAUUUGUUCAGCAUACCUUUGCAGCAAGUUUGCAGCAAUGUUUUAAAAACAUAGCUCUUUAAUUUAGUCAUUUACUAAUUUUAUAUCUUUAACAGUUAAUGAGAACAGCACAAGACAUUAUCUGAAUUUAUCAAAAAGAGUUUACUAAUGAAAACAAAUAUGAGUUGUCUGCUCUACAAAUUUGGCACAUAAUUGUAUCUUUUCCUCUCUUUCAAUUGUCUGAAAGCCAGAAAACUAUUUAUUUGUCUAAAUGUGUUUUAAAGUUUGAUUUUGUUUUGUUUCUGAAGGUAAAUGGUUGUGUAUACAAUAACUAUAUUGAAUUUUUUAGAGUGUUAAAAAUCAUUACAAUUUGUUGUGUAUUAACAUUAUUUGUUGUCUGCAUUUUGAGUUUUGUCAUUAAAAUAAUAUAUAACUUGC